AUGCAAUCACAACGUAGUCUAUCAACAUCCAGUGCCGACCUUGUCACUGAAACAUUCUUUGGCCAAUUAUCAGAGGAAAAACAACAAGUUAUCAAGGAAUUAUUCGAAAGAAUUGACAAGAACCACAACGGAGUUUUAGAAAAGGAAGAACUCAGAGGAAUUCUCGAAGUUAUGAUAAAACAAGAUCCAAAUUUAAUUGAAAAUUUGGGACUAAAGAAUAACACACAAUGUAAUACAGAUGAAGAUAUUUUGAAUGCAAUCUUUGAUCAAUUAGAUUUGAACGGAGAUGAAGUUUUGAGUUUUAGAGAAUUUGCUGAACCAUUUGCAAGAAUGUUGACCAAUCAAAUGUAA